AUGUAUUCUCCGUUUUUGAUUGGGUUGGGCCUUAUGGCAACUGUUAUUGGCGCUUGGGCCGACUUGGACAACACCCGUAUUGUCGAUGGUGAUGUUAUCCACAUUAGCCAGGCUCCCUAUGCGGUACAAUUGCGUAUUGGUACUCAGGUCUUUUGCGGUGGUACCUUGGUUCAUCCUCAAAUUGUUGUCACAGCUGCCCAUUGUUUCGACGACCUUACCCCCGAACUACUGAGUCAUUUGAAAAUUGUCGGUGGUGCCAAUACCCGUACCGAUGAAGGCGUUCAACGUAGAGUUGUGUCCAUGAUCAAAUCCGGUACUUAUAACAAGAAGACCCUAAAUACUGAUGUUGCCAUCCUCAAGUUGGAAAGUCCUAUGGAAGGUAAAUUUAUUAAGACCGUACCUCUGUGUUCUGCUGCUCCCGAGGAUGGUGAUUUGGUACAAAUUGUCGGUUGGGGUCAUACCUCACACAAGGGUGUCGGAUCACAUGAAUUGCUUACCAUUCGUAUUCCAACCAUUGGCCGUGAACAAUGUCAGAGGUACUACGGUAUUCCAAUUACCAAUUAUAUGUUCUGUGCUGCUGGUGGUACCAAGGAUUCUUGCCAAGGUGAUUCCGGUGGUCCAGCUAUUUUGUAUGGUGAGCUAUGCGGUAUUGUGUCAUUUGGUGCUGGUUGUGCUUCGGGUGCUCCGGGUGUCUAUGCUGAUGUUUACAAUUUGAAUAAAUUCAUUUCUGAUGCCAUGGAUAGUUUGUUGAAGAAAUGA